AAAUAAAAUUCCGGGUGAGAAACUUUGCCUCCUUCUGUUUGCAGGCCGGUUAAGAUUCGCCAGGUCGCCGCGCGCUGGCCGUUGCUAGGCCUCGGAGCUAAUGCUAGUGCAGCCCUGCAGAAUGUCCAAGAUCAGGCGGAAGGUGACAGUGGAGAAUUCGAAGACCAUAUCUGAAAGCAGCAGCAGCACGACCACUCCAUCUCGCCGGCCCAGUGUUUUUGAAAGACUCGGACCCAGCACGGGCAGUAAUGUUGCCGAGACCCACUGUAGAAAUUGGUUAAAGACAGGAAAUUGCAGCUACGGCAACACUUGUCGCUACACACAUGGAACCCCAUCAAGAGGCAAAGGUUUUUCUGGAACGUUCAGCAGGUCAGCCGAGAGGCCCACUGGGGAUCUCCGGGAGAGAAUGAAGAAUAAGAGACAGGAUGUUGAUGCAGACACUCAGAAAAGAGAGCCAGACGAACCUACUUCACCCACAGCUAGACAGAGAGAUUCAUCCCGAGGUAGACACAGAGAGAAGGAGGAUAUAAAGAUCACUAAAGAACGUACACCAGCCAGCGAAGAGGAAGCAGCAGAGUGGGAAGCCAAUCGCGAAGAUUCAGAUAACGGUGACUACGACUACGAAUUAUCCCUGGAAAUGAAGAGGCAGAAGAUCCAGCGCGAGCUGAUGAAGCUCGAGCAGGAGAACAUGGACAAACGAGAAGAGAUCAUUAUCAAGAAAGAGGAAUCUGUAGCCAAGACCAGGACCAGCAGCACCUCCAAAGAGCGGGGAUCUCCUGAGCGCUCCAGUUCCAAGGGCUCACCCUCAUCCCGCAAAUCAGCUGGAUCCCCCAAACGCAAGGCUGCCGGGAAAGGCGGCAACGCUGGCAAGAAAGAGAAGAAGACAUCCACCUCUUCUUCGGUCAUCUCCUCUCCUGCAGCAGAGCAGAGCAGGCCGGAGGACACUGAGAGCAGAUCGUCCAAGACUGGACACAGUAAGAAGAAAGGACCACGGACGCCCAGUCCACCACCGCCUGUGCCCUUAGAGCUGCCUGUGGGAGGCAAAAAGCACAAGGGCAAGCACAAAAACAAGGAGAAGAGUGAGGACAAACAAAAAGAGGGCAAGGAACGCAGCAGGGACACUGAGAAGCACAAGGAGAAGAAAGAGAAGCGCAGGGACCGCUCUGAUAGUUCACACAAGGCCAAGCGGUCGGUGACAUCAGAGGAACGUUCAGGCAGCGUGUCGUCCCCUUCUAGAGAGUUAUCUCCCCCGACAAGGAGAAAGUCAUCAUCUCCCAAACCUGCCACCCAAAAACUGGCUUCACCCCAAAGGUCCCGUACCCCACCCCGUCAUCACCGCAGCCCCUCACCUGCAUCCCGCCCCCACCAUUCCCCCUCUUCUCACUCUGGCUCUUCCCACCAGCGGCACACUCCCUCUCCACACCGGCGCCGGGGCUCCACCUCACCAUCCUACCAACGUGACCUUCUUCCUCCCACCUCAUCCUCGCCCCCUCCUGCUCAGGCCUCACGCCGUUCACGCUCCCGCUCACCCCCCACUCCCCACAGAGAGGCAUCGCCCUCCGGACGUGGACGCUCCAGUCCCGCCUCCCGACACCACUCACAGGGCCAGGAGAGAGAGAGGGGGCGGAGCGAGAGGGAGAGGAGCCCUGCCCAGGACAGACGCCACGAACGUAGAGACGAGAGUCGUGGUAAGCGAGAGAAGGACGGCGGUCGCAGUGAUCGCAGCUAUGAGAUCGAUCAGAGCUCUUCACGAGACGAGCGUGAGACACGAGAGAGCCGUGACCGAGACCGCCGUGCUGAACGGGACCGCAGAGACACGCGGGAUGACCGGCAGCACCGUAACCUAGGUGACACUAAGGACACACGAGAGUCCCGCCUAACGGAAACCAGAGACCGCUCUGGCCGAGAGUCACUGGAAAGGCGAGAGAGGGACCGGGACAGAGAGAGGGAGAGAGAAAGGGAGAGGGAGAGAGAAAGGGAGCGGAACGAGGGCCACAGAAAGGAGGACACAUCGGUGCAAGAAGAGAGAAGUUAUGGAAGAGGACAUGGCAGAGAGGAGGGGCGGACUGAGAGCAGAGUGGAGAGCAGGAAUGAGUCACGGCCCGAGAGGACGGGGAGAGGGAGGGGUCGAGCAACAGACACCACCGAUAAAGGUUCAGCUCGAGGGUCCCGUGCCUCCCAGGGUGAGAGUGGUGGCAGUGGCGGCCAUGACAGCUGGGAGUCCCGUGGCAGCGGGCUGAGAGAGAGGAGCUCUGAGAGAACCACAGAGAGAGGGGCAGAGCGCGAUCGCUAUGACAAUGACAGACAGCGUGGGGAGCAGGCCAGAGACUCGUCUUACGACCGGCGAGGAAGUCACACCGACAGAGAUCGCCGUGACAACAGGGACAGAGAUCAGAGAGCGGCGUCUCCCAGCCGCCACCAGAGCCGCAGCGACGAAAUGGAGCGCGAAGAGAGGAGAGAGGAACGCAGGGGUGAACGAGGGGAGCCGGACAGACGAGAGGAUCGUGGCCGCGAGCGAGAGAGAGAACGAGAGAGGGAAAGAGAGAGGGAGCGGGAACGAGAGAAAGAGAGGGAGCGAGAGGCCGAGAGAGAGCGUGAGCGGGCCAGGGAGAGAGACCGCGAGAGAGAACGAGAACGAGAGAGGGAGAGGGAGGAAAGGGAGAGGGAGAGAGAGGAGCGGGAGAGGGAAAGAGAGCGAGAAGAGCGUGAAAGAGAGAGAGAAAGGGAGAGAAAGGAGAGGGAGCGAGAGAGGGAGCAGAGAGAGAGGGAGAGGCAGAGGGAGUGGGAAGAGAGAGAAAAAUGCAGGGAGGAGAGAAGGGAGAGGAGAGAGGAGUCACGAGACGAGCGCUUGGGACGGGACAAUCAUGAAGAACGGAAGAACAUUGGACGCAAAAGGCACCGCGUGGAGAACAGUCCCAGCCCGCGUCCCUCUCCUAAAAAAGUGAGGGAAAACAGCCCUGCAGACAGUGAUGGCUACAACAGCACUGAGGAGAAAGGUGACAAACACAGACUCUUGAGUCAAGUUGUGCGCCCUCAAGAGCCGAGCCGAUCCCCACCACGCUUACCCACUGACGACAAGCCCACCGCCCGCUGGAGGGAAGAUGACCGUCGCGGCGACAAGAAGGAUGGCCGUGGCCGGCAUGAGGAAGUGGAUACUCGUGGAAGAGGGGCGGAGCGUCGUGCAGAUCCGGAGAGUUCAGUCAGUGCAGGUGCUUCUGAAUCUCGGAGGGUGAAAGAUCAAAGAGAUGCCAGCACCCCACCUCCUGUGUCUGCUGGUCCUGAAAGACAAGACGCUGCUUCAGCUGUCCAUGAGGAAGCCAAGAAGAAGACCAAAUCUCAGAAAAAGAACCUGAAGAAGAACAGGAAAGAAGAGGAGGGCACUGUGGGUGGACCUGCAGACCGUUUUAACCCCGAGCCACCACUGCCUUCACCCUCAUCUGCCCCUUCUGAUGCCCCCAGGCCGCUUAUGUCUCCCCGUAAGACAGGCAAGAAGAAAAUCGUGGACCGUAAGCGGAAGCGUUCACGUGGUGCCGAGUCAGACAUUUCUGAGGACGAGCCAGCAGCCCAGCACCCAGUCAGCAAGAGACGCCGUGGUCCUCGCACACCUCCACCAAUCAAUAAAGAAGAUCUGCCCUCUCAGAGAGCACUCAUGGCUGGACGUCCUGCAGCAGCAGCACCUCCUCUCAAAAUGGACACAAACUUCAGUGAUUGGUCUGAUGAGGACGUACCGGAACGGGCCGAUGUCUCGUCUGCUUCACUCCCAGGUGAGCGACUUACUGAGCGGCUGCUCCCCUCUGAGCUGCCUCCCAGACGUGGCAGAAACAUUGCUCCCUUGCUGCCAGACCCGCCCAUGCUGAUGCAGACUCUGCCCCUGCAGCCUCUUCUGCCCCAGCACAUGCUGCGUAAGCCACAGGAUGCUCAGCAGCAGCCUCAGCAGCAGCGCAGUGGCAGCAUGGGCAGCAACCAAAGCCGGGCAUCCUCCCGCCGGCUGCGAUCUCCAUCCAGCGACUCCGCCCACCGUGCAGAUGAAGGCCAGCAGGGGGUCCGCUCACGCAGGGGACGCAUGCAUGGAGGUAACUCUCGUGACCGUGAAAGAGAGAGGGAGCGAGAGAGAGAGAGGGACAGGGAGAGAGAGAGGGAACGAGAGCGGGACAGAGUGGUGGCGGCGGCAGCGAAUGAGGCGAUGGGGGGAGAGAGGAAGUCUAGGAUCGACCAGCUGAGGAGAGGAGAGCCCAGUCGCAGCACCUCUUCAGACCGGCAGGACUCACGCAGCCACAGUUCAAGACGCAGCUCUCCAGAGUCGGAGCGUCAGGGCCGUUCUCGUGCCGGCUCUUACGACAGCCGUGAGCGAGACCAGUUUGAGCGGGACAGGAAGGACCACCGGCAGCCACCGAACCAGCCACCGCCGGGGCAGCAGCGCGACUGGGAGCCAGAGCCCCGCGAGUGGGUUGGCCGGGAGCGAGGGCGGGAGCCACUCCUUCUCCGUGGCAACCGGGAGCCAAUCAGAGAGCGAGAUCUGAGAGAGAUGCGUGAGAGAGAGAGGCUGCUGCCCGAGGUGCUGUCACAUGAUCGCCUCGACCGAGACCGCGGAGAGAGAGAACGAGAGCGGGACAGAGACAGGGACAGAGAAAGGGACCGAGGAGAACGUGAGCGAAUGCUGCCAUUUGACUUUCCACCACUUGGGGAGCCCAAGAGCCGAGCGGAGAUGAGGAUGGAACGGGGAGAUUACGAGCCACUGCUGCCCAGAGAAGCCCUCAUGGACACGGACAAACCCAGCACUACAGACGAUCCACACACUCAGACAGAGCCCUGUGAGACGGAGAAGGUGGACAGCCUGGAUGAAGAGGAUGAUGGGAAGGGAGAAGAUGCACAGUCUGUGGCGUCUGGUGGGGAAGAGUACGAGCCCAUCAGCGACGAUGAGCUGGAUGAGAUCCUGGCUGACAGCCAGAAGAGAGAUGAGCAGCAGGAUGAGGACAAGAUCCCAGGGCCGCUGGAUGUGAUCGAUGUGGAUUGGUCAAGUCUGAUGCCGAAGCAGAAGCAGGAGCCGCGUACUCCGGGGGCGGCGCUACUUAGAUUCACACCCGGUGCGGUCCUCCUACGGGCGGGGGUCUCCAGACGACUCGCUGGACCCCGACUCCUUACACGGGUUAAAGAGGUCUGUGCCAGAGAGCUGGAAGAGACAGAAGAUGCAGAAAAGCUGUUUGAGCAUGACCUCGGAGCGCUGAACAUGGCUGCCCUCAACAGAAGGACGGAGAGGGCAAACCUGCUGAGGAACCUCGGGCCAUGCUGUAAGGCUCUGUGCGCUCGCCGAGACAUCGCCAUCCGCAGGCAGCUCCUCAAAAACGACAAGGGGACGACUAAGCAGAUCUACACUAGUGCGCCAGUUGUGGACCAGGAGUUGCUGCAGCUCAGUGUGCGUCUCUUUAAGAAGAAAAUGGCUGCCGGGCAGGAGAAGGCUGACCCGGUGCCCGCGGCUAGCGCCCCAGCUGAGGUGUGUGUCUCCUGAGACACCCCAGUGAGUAAAGAGCAUGAAAACUGACCUAGGAUCAGACAUGGCUGUCUUUAACCCAUAUCGCCGCCUACUGUUCUACAACACUGAGACUGUUUGUAAGUCAGUGCUAAUGGAGGAUGACUGCCACAGGCUUGGGAGUACAGCACCAUAGAGACUGGUAAAAUGCUAGCCUAUGAAGAUACUGUGUAGGUUUUGGCAGACAAUGAACUUUGUUUUCUAAGUGUGGCAAAGACGUGUGGGGGGGUGGGGUCAAGAUCUCAUUGACAUUUAAUGUUUUAGAGAAACUUUUUGUAAUGUCAUCUUUUCAUUUAUACCACAGUUGCUUCAUGUUUGUUUGAUGUAAUGUGCUUUGUGUUGUUAGAGGUGUGCAUUAAAAUGAUCUCGUCUUUGUCACGA